AUGACAUGUCCAUUGGCAAUCACCAUGCUCACCUUUAGCGGUAUCGUUGCACGGACAAUUUCGAAACAGACCAAAAACGUUGGUGUGUCCUGCGAUAGCGAUUUGGUUACGGCGACUACCAGGACCAGGACGGCUGUCCCUGAGCCAUUGCGCGAUAUCUGCAAUUAUCUGGAAAGUGGCGAAUCGCUCACGCGAUUGCGAACGCAAGUGAUAAUGGACAUUUGGCCCGACCCGAAACUGCACGAUAGAAAAUAGAAAUGCACGAUCGAGUGCAAGCACGGCGGCUUGGUGCAGGACGACUGCUCUUGCAAGUGCGGCUACGGAUUCUCAGGGAAACGAUGUGAAUUACUGGGGAAGGAAGCGUCAUUCAGUGACAAGUCAUGUGGUGUGAUUGAUGUGCUCGGCGAUGGAAUCGUCAGCCUGUCGACAUAUCCUGAACCACGCUCAAAGACCACGUUCUGUCAGUGGCUCUUACGGUCAGACGAUCCAUGGACGUACAUCGAGGUGAACAUUGAAAGGCUCGGUCUGGACGGUGAAGACAUCCGGCCGGGAUCUCAUUGUAACGAUUUCUUCACUUCUUUUGGUGAAGAGGAGCAAGUUGGGCCAAUUCCAUGCGAUGGCUCACGAAACGUGACAAAGCUACGCUCAAAGACGAACUGGUUGCUGCUCGAACUACGGAGCGAUCCCUACUCGGAUACAGAAGUCACCGGACCACUGCUCAGAUACGGUAUCAAGCGAAUAGAGCCUGGAGUUCGCAUAUACUCAGAAGGAAUGACUUCGUACGCAUUCGUACCAACUGCUCCUAUACUUUUAUUGUUCUUCAUGGCUGGUACACUCUGA